AUCUAUGGUCAUGUAUCGUUGUGUCUGUCAAGUGGUUACAUGGUACUCUUUGUGUCUGUCGUGAAUGUGUUAAAAAAUAUUGUGUAUUAACCAAAUUAUUUAUUGUACCAAAAUAUAUUAUUUGUUACACACAAAGUUCAUAAACAAUAUUUGAAUUCAUUAGAGUAUUAUUUAGAAAUACCCCAAUAAUCGUUUAUUCUUGAAAAUGGCUUUAGCCCUCCAAAGACGUGCGAAUGUUCGCUUACCUCCAGAAGUUAACCGAAUACUAUAUAUCAGGAAUUUGCCUUACAAAAUAUCAGCUGAAGAAAUGUAUGAUAUAUUUGGAAAAUAUGGAGCAAUUCGACAGAUUCGAGUAGGGAAUACUCCUGAAACAAGAGGUACAGCAUUUGUGGUGUAUGAAGAUAUAUUUGAUGCCAAAAAUGCAUGUGAUCAUUUAUCAGGCUUUAAUGUCUGCAAUAGGUAUUUAGUAGUACUGUAUUACAGAUCUAACAAAGCAUUCAAAGGUAUGGAUAUUGAAAAGAAACAAGAGGAAAUUGAUGCAUUGAAAAAGAAAUAUGGAAUAUCUAGUGAGGAUCUUCGGAAAUAAAAUAUUUCAAGCAAUCCUUGUUUCUCUUUUCCUGGUAAAUUGGAAAACAAAUACCAAUUUGAUAUCUAAAAACAUAACAUUAUUGGUUGAUAAGUUUAAGAGGGAGAACCAAUGCUAUUGAAAGUUUUUAGUCAAAUGUGUCUAAUAUGUGAGAUGUGAGAAACAAAUAUAUAUUUGAAAAUAUUUUCACUUAGAAGCAAAAAUAUUUAAUGUAAUUUUUUUUAUACUCUGACUGGGCACCAGAUAUUUGUAAAAAUAGAGAAAUUUAGGUUCAAAACCAUAUGAUAAUAGAGUGGCAUUAAUGUUUCCAAUGUGUGUUAAUACACUUAUAAAUUGACUGAUACUUUUUAAAUUGUAAUAUUUUGUUUGUUUUUGAAGUGCCUCCAUUUGGAUUAAAUAAUUAUAAUUUCAUGUGGUGUGUAUUGUUUUUGAUGACGAUUUUACCACUCUUUGCCCACCGUACACCUCGUGAGACCACCUAAGUGUGCAGCGGGAAGUUUUUUUACUACUGUUCACCUUGGUUCGCCUGGGUGUACCGUGGGAAAUAUAAAAUUUCCUCCAUCCACUUUUUUAUCAAAACUAUAUCUGAUGAGGAAAGAGAUUAAUUAUUAAAACAUAUUAUGCAUUACGAUAUUCUCCUCUGUCUUCUACUGUUUGUAAACAGGAGCCAUGAAGUGGUAAUUUGAGUUCAGGAA